AUGCUGCCGCUGGCUGGUGCAUCCGACGGCGGCAUUGCAGAAGGACGUGACUGCCACUGCCUGUGCCACAAUACCUACAUGCAAGACGCCCCAGAGUCGAACCUUCGGGGAUCCACACUUGGCGCAGCAAGGGUGUUCGGGCUGCGAUUAGCUCUUGUGCUGCUGUUGCUGCAGCAACAACAGGCGGAGGCCGUCGUACCACCGCGGCAGCACCCCUCUUGCGGUUUUUUGCUCGCACCUUCUAGAGUACACUUCAACACUCCGAGCAGCAGCGCUACAGCAGCGAGCUUCUUCGGGAUGGGCGCAUCACCGAGUAGGACCACGUCGUCGCCAUCACUUCAGCAAAGGUCGGGCCUCCUUGGGAAGGGGGUGAGCGGCAGCAACGAUGAUGUUGUCGGCGAUGGAUACGGCGCGGCGGGUUCGAGCACGCGGUUGCAGGCCACAGCACCGACUGGUGGCGACUUAGAUCCAGAGGACCGUUCCGCUGCCGCGGCCGGCCUGCGAUCAGGAGAUGCAGACGGUGGGAUCGACGCCUACUUACCAAGUGGCGCGGACGACAACGGUGAGGCCAGCGCGAAGAGCAAGAACGACGGGCUGAGCGGGCAGAUCCUGUCCAUUGCUGUCCCUGCCCUCGUGGCUCUGUCGGUAGACCCCUUGAUGUCGGCGGUGGACACCGCUUACAUCGGGCGCCUUGCCGCUGAGCAUGGUGGCGGCGAGAUCGGGCUGGGCGCGUUGGCCCUGAACACCAACGUCUUCACGUUUUCCUUCUACAUCUUCAACUUCCUGGCGACAGUUCCAACGCCCUUCGUGGCCUCCGCCAGAGCGAAAGGGGACGAGAAAGGGGCAGCCAGGGCAAGGGCUCUUUCGGCACCCGCUGUCCUCAUGAUGUCCGUCGGGAACGGAGCCUUUCGGGGGUUUCUGGAUACGAAAACGCCGCUCUUGAUUGGAUUGGCCGCCAACGGCCUCAACUUCGUUCUGGACCCUAUCCUCAUCUUCCAGUUCGGAUGGGGCCUUCAGGGCGCAGCGAUUGCGACCGUAACCGCCGAGUGGGCGGGCGUGAUGGCCUUCCUGGUGCUGCUCGCGCAGAAAGAACCCUCCAUUCGGCUGCGCCCGGUGUCGCUGCCGAAGAAUCGAGAAGGGUGGAAGGAGGGCAGCGCCGUUCUGACGUCCUCCGCCGCCGUAUUUGGCCGUACCGUAGCGUUGCAGGGGGCGCUGGGCACCGCUACCGCCUUUGCCGCUCGGGUUGGUUCCACCGCCAUCGCCGCCCAUCAGGUGUGUAACCAGCUGUACCUCCUCCUGGCCUUCGCGGCAGACUCGCUUGCGGUGGCGGCGCAGGGCGUCGUCGCGGACCGGCUGGGUGGGGGCAUGAUCGCGGAAGGGAGGGAGGUGGCCGGAAGGCUCAUCGUCUUCGGCCUGGGGUUGGGGGUGGGGACUCUGGUAAUCUUCCAGGUAUUCGGAGGCGUCUUGCCGCUCAUCUUCACGUCAGACCAGAAGGUUAUCGCCGCGAUCGCUCCGAUCAUCGCUGUUGUGGGACUCUUGCAGCCCCUCAACAGCUACGUAUUUGUCGGGGACGGCAUCCUUCAGGGGACACAGGACUUCGUCUACGAGGCGCUAACGAUGGUGGUAAGCGCGACCACGCUGCCGCUGUAUGUCUGGCUCCGUGGAUACCUGGGGGGAGGAGAAACGACCUUGCUCGACGUCUGGAUGGGGCUGGUCGUGAUGCAGACGUGCCGUUCCGUAACCUUCACGUUCCGACAUUUCUUCGACCGUAGAGGGCCCUUGUAUAUGGGAUCGACAGCAGCAGCAUCAGCAGCGGCAGCGGCUUCGCCGAAAGAGGAGGGUGCUGCCGCCGUGGGGAUAGGCGUUGGUGUCGACGACAGCGAUAAGAACGUUCUCGGGAACGACGAGGAUAUUUGAGCAUUUUGGAAGAGAUGAUUUGUUGCCGUCUUAGCUGUCGCACGACUCGCGUUUGUCGUCCCACUCAUGGAAGAACAAGAGGUUGCUUCCUACUGGUACAAGAAAGAGACCCCUUACUUUUUACGAAGUACCGGUAUUUUUUAUGAACCCAAUUUCCUCUCUGGUAUGGGUAGGUUAGUAUCAGUAAGGUUUUUCGAGCGCAGUUGCAUCUGGCUGGUUGUUGGAGUUUUUCAUCCCAGAUGCCUCUCUUUUUUUCUCUUGUUGCCAGCCAAAUUGCCCCUUUUUUUGUGUUUGUCAACCCAAUUUCCUCCUCGUCGGUAGCCUCAAGCAAAGCCAAGUAGGUAGCUUCUUCCCGUCCGGCUGCGAAGGUACCGUUGCAUGUGUUUCUUGUUACCAGCAAUAAGAUUUCACAUAGCAACUAUUUGGAUUGGAGCGGUUGCGUUGGUACCUGUCAUCAAUUUUUUACGAAAGUAGUAUUGUAGUGUGGUUGCAUUGCAACUGGCCAUAAGAUUCUCAAUAUUUUGAGUAGCGCGGUUGCAUUUUGCACUGGCCAUAGCUGUUGCUGUCGUCCUGUUCGUAUCGUGCUUUCAUUCCUCAUGUUGCUUUGAUUUCUCUUCGUAGAUGAUGCACCCUGCUGGCGUCGGUGUGUCGGUUCGAUCAUGGUUACGGAUGAGUUAGUAGGCCCCGAGCUGACAUCAGAGCAACACACCUACACCUCUGUUCCGCUGCAUGUGCACGUGCGGAGGGAGAUCGUGUUUUCGUGGGCCUCACGCUUGACGUGCAGCUGUGGUCAGAACCUUUCUUCAGGGCGCGCAUUUAGACAACGCUCUCUCUCUCUGUCUAUUUUAAAGUAAGUGAAGAUUUUUCGAGUUCUAGUGACGCGAGAGGUAUACGAACGCUCUGUCAAGCGGCUCUUGUUCUGGUUGCUUCGGUUUGUUGGUGUUUAGGUCGGGCCGGAUGUUGAACCUUUGCUCCGCACACGGAUGUGCCACUCACUCGUCAUCAAAACGAUUGUUUCUUUCCGAAGCGGUGAGUACAUACGUAGGAGCCCCAAGACAUGAGUAUGGCAUUCGAUGGGGGGAUUGCGCCUAGCGCCAUUGUUGCAAGUGCGAACGGCCAUGGUGGAAGGUGUGGCUUGCUUGUGUAUAUUAGGCGACCCGGAGGUGCUGGAAGAAAAUAGACAGAAGUGAAAACAUUCAUUGGGAGUGCAGGCUGCACAGAAGUGACUCGCCAACCUACCAAUCGGCAACAACCGCGUGGUAGUAUCGAGCGAAGACAAAGCAGACGGGAACGAAUGAUGGCGGUAGACCAGAGUCAGUCGCGCACCACGUUAUUCGCUUACAGAGGCCCAGGUCUUCGGGCAACUUCGCUCAAACGGAAGGCUUAGACUAAGGGAUCAACACAACGAAGAGCCAUACCGUUGGCGGCGUCGAGCUUUGAGCCACAUUCGUUCUCAUUAUUCUGUCUAAUGGAAGUCUGGGGUGUAGGACGAAAGAAUGAGGUAGGCGACGUGCAGGCAACUCUUCGUGACGUA